AGCAAAAGAGUAAUAAUUUGUUUACAAAAAAAGCCCCACUUUAAAAUUUCACUCAUCUUGAGCCCCAUAAUUAUCACAUUCCAUCUUCUCCUUUUUCCUCACUAAACAAACACACACUCUCUGCAUCUUCUUCUCUUUCGUCUCACCAUCUGCAACAAAGAUGGUGAAAGACAAAGAACCCUCUGAAAACCCUAAUUUGAAGAACAACAACAACAACAACAAAAUGUUCAUCGGAAUCGUCUGGAACUGUGUACCGGAGCUCAAACUCCUGUUAUCCGCACUCCUCUUCUUCUGCUCUCUCAUCACUCUGCUCCAGUUCUUCCCGUCGCACCUCUCGUUCUCCGUUCAAGAUCUCCGCCACUGUGCCUCCUUACCUCCGCCGUCCUCCGCCGUUGCACUGCCGCAGCAAGCACCAGUUCAGAUCCAGCACGUACAAGUGAAGCACAACGAUGAAGUGCUUCAAGACGGUGUAAUUAAACGCAAUUUCAACACGUACGGAACCGCAGCUUACAAUUUCGUCCUCAUGUCAGCUUACAGAGGCGGAUUGAACACGUUUGCGGUGAUAGGAUUAUCGUCGAAGCCUCUACACGUGUUCGCGAAACCGACUUACGUCUGCGAGUGGAUGCCGAACAACGGUACCGGAAACCUAACCGUUUCCGGCGUUAAAAUCCUUCCGGAUUGGGGCUACGGCCGUGUCUACACCGUCGUUGUCGUAAACUGCACGUUUCCGGUUUCCGUCGGUCACGACGGCUCCGGCGGACGGUUAUUCAUCCACGCCUCCACCUCCGGCGGCGGCGACGCUAAUUUUAACCUAACGGAUACAAUCGAAGCAUUGGAGGAAGCUUCUGGAAGCUUAAAUCCUGUUCUAUUCACAUCACCUCCUAAGUACGAUUAUCUAUACUGUGGAUCUUCACUGUACGGUAACCUAAGUCCACAACGGAUUCGUGAAUGGAUCGCUUAUCAUGUCAAAAUGUUCGGUGAGAAGUCGCAUUUCGUGAUUCACGACGCCGGCGGUGUGCAUCCGGAGGUUAUGGCGGUGCUACGACCGUGGAUCGAGAAAGGAUAUGUAACAGUGCAGGAUAUUCGUGAGGAAGAACGAUUUGACGGUUAUUAUCAUAAUCAGUUUCUAAUUGUGAAUGAUUGUUUGCACAGAUACAGAUUCAUGGCCAAAUGGAUGUUCUUCUUUGAUGUUGAUGAGUUUAUUUUUGUUCCGAAGAAGAGUACUCUUAAAUCUGUUAUGGAUUCGUUAAUGGAGUACACACAGUUUACUAUUGAACAGAGGACCAUUUCUAAUAAGCUCUGCUAUCUUGAUGAUCAUCCUGGUAAAAUCUACAGGAAAUGGGGGAUUGAGAAGUUGGUGUACCGUGACAUGGUGAAGGGAAUAAGGAGGGACCGAAAAUACGCGGUGCAACCACGUAACGUGUUUGCGACGGGUGUGCACAUGUCAGAAAACACGAUUGGAAAAACAACACAUAAAACAGAAGGAAAGAUAAUGUACUACCAUUACCAUGGGACGAUAUCUGAAAGAAGAGAGCCAUGUAGACAAUUUGUGAACACGACGGAGAUGAAGGUUGGGGGAACGCCGUACAUGGUGGACACGACGAUGAGGGAGGUCGCCGGGGCGAUUAAACGGUUUGAGCAGAGAAUGAUUGGAUCUGCCCUCCUCACCACCCGUCAAUAACAAACACAAUAAGAGGAUCUUUAUUUUUCUAUAUUUGUUAUUUUAUUUUAUUACUAUGUAUAGAUAGAUAAAAACAUUUUAUUUUUGUUAUUUAAGAACUUUGUUUGUAAUCAUUUACUCUUUCCUCAAUCAACCAUUAUUUUUUAUAUUAUAAUAUUAUAUCAAUCAA